AUGACCAAUCUCAUCCGAACUUCGGCCAAUAGCAACCGUAUUGAAGGAACGGCUUACCGAACCGAAACUUUCAUCCAUGAUGGUGAGGAUGGUGAGGAUGGUGAGGAUGGUGAGGAUGGUGAGGAUGGUGAGGAUGGUGAGGAUGGUGAGGAUGGUGAGGAUGGUGAGGAUGGUGAGGAUGGUGAGGAUGGUGAGGAUGGUGAGGAUGGUGAGGAUGAUGAGGAUGGUGAGGAUGGUGAGAGUGGUGAGAGUGGUGAGAGUGGUGAGAGUGGUGAGAGUGAAGGUGGGAAAGAGAGCUCAAGACGAUAUCAUGUUGGUCGUUUCAAGUUCUUUUAA